CAUGCAGUAACAGAGAAAGGAAUCCGGCGAAACUUGCCGCCAGGGGAUACCGGGAAACGGCUUUCAGAAUUCCUUUCCUCCAGCUUUGCCGGGAAAUGCUAUUCAGGUUCAAUUCAUAUGUGAUGUUAACAACAUGGUCAUACAUGAGAUGAUAUAAUUAGUGUCAGAGGAGAGUUGAAACUUGAAACACACAAGUGAUAAAAAUGAGAAUGGCUAAAAGAAUAGUGAGUGGUAGGGCUUUUUUGGGACAGACAUGGGCUAGAACCAGCAUUCUAUUUCCAUCACUGUCCAGGGCGAUGAGUACAUUGGGUUCCUCAAUAUUGAAGUCUCCCCCUCUGGUUUCCCUUGAUCAGCAUGAUGAGUGGUCUCAUGGCUUUAGUCACCCUGAUAAUGCACCUACCCAGAAAUGUACUGAUAAUAAGACUGUUAGAAUAAUUGAUGGCAAGUCAAUUGCUGAUGAAAUUAGAUUAGGAAUAGCCAUUGAAGUGAGCAGGAUGAAAGAAUCCAUUGGGAAGGUUCCUAGCUUAGCUGUGAUAUUGGUAGGACAAAGAAGAGACUCCCUUACCUAUGUGCGCAACAAAAUAUUGGCUUGUGAAGAGGCUGGGUUCAGAUUUUCAUUGGAUCAUCUGCCUGAAAACUGUACAGAAGAGGAAAUUUGUGAUAAAUUAUCAAGCUUUAAUGAUGAUCCGUCAAUCCAUGGCAUUCUUGUACAGCUUCCUUUGCCACAGCAUUUGAACAAGGAAAAGAUACUGAAUAUGCUAAGCCUAGAAAAAGAUGUGGACGGCUUCCAUCCACUCAACAUGGGAAAUUUGGCUGUACAGGGAAAAGAGCCUUUGUUCAUCCCAUGUACCCCUAAAGGCUGCAUUGAAUUACUGCUUAGGUCUGGUGUGGAAAUAAUGGGCAAGAAGGCUGUGGUGAUUGGAAGAAGUAAUAUUGUUGGAUUGCCCAUGUUUUUGUUGUUGCAGAGGCACCAUGCUACAGUUACCAUUGUCCAUGCAUUUUCAAACAACCCAGAAAUCAUUGCCCGUGAAGCUGAUAUUUUAAUUGCAGCCGCAGGAGUGCCUAAUCUGGUUCGGGGCAGUUGGUUAAAGCCUGGUGCAGUUGUUAUUGAUGUUGGCACUACUCCUAUAGAGGAUCCAGAGAGUGAGCAUGGCUACAGGCUAAUCGGUGAUGUUUGCUUUGAAGAAGCAGUGAGAGUAGCUUCUGCAAUAACCCCUGUACCUGGAGGAGUAGGACCUGUAACAGUUGCAAUGCUGCUUCUCAACACUCUUGAAUCUGCCAAACGUGUACUUAGAUUCUCUUGAUUGAAAACUAUUUUAUAUGUGCUUCCUGGGCUAUCCCUUUUGUACCUUAAACGUUGGUGCCUGAUGUUUGCUUUCCAAUUCUACUAAUUAGAAAACUUUUUCAAUGAG